CCUUAUGGAGAAGUUGCUGCGCCUGGUUCCUGAGUGCGGAUGGUCGCCGCUGGAAGAUCCUAUGGGUUCCGAAGAACGGCGUCUGUGCAGACCCAAUUUCCAAGCGUUGGAGUAAUAAUAUUAUAGAGCAAAAUGCCUAUUGGAUGCAAAGAGAGGCCAACUUUUUUUGGAAUUUUUAAGAUGCGGUGCAACCAAGCAGAUUUAGGACCAAUAAGCAUUAAUUGGUUUGAAGAACUUUCUUCAGAAGCUCUACCUUAUAAUUCUGAAACUGCAGAAGAAUCUGAAUUUAAAGUCAUCAGUUAUGAACCAAAUGUAUUUAAAACUCCACAAAGAAAACCUUAUCAGUUGGCUUCAACACCAGUUAUAUUCAAAGAGCAAUGUCUAACUCUGCCACUGUACCAAUCUCCUUUAAAAGAAUUGGAUAAGGACAGAUUAGAGAUAGGAAAGCAUAUUGCCAAUAGUAAGCAUAAAAGUAGUUGUACAAUGAAGGCUAAAAUGGAUCAAGCAAAUGAUGUUAUCAGCUCACCUCUAAAUUCUUGUCUUAGUGAAAGUUCUGGUAUUCUGCAAUGUACACAUGUAACACCAAAAAGAGAAAAGUCAGUGGUAUGUGGAAAUUUAUUUCAUACACCGAAGCUUAUGAAGGGUCAGACUAGAAAACAUAUUUCUGAAAGUCUAGGGGCUGAGGUAGAUCCUGAUAUGUCUUGGUCAAGUUCUUUAGCCACACCACCAACCCUUAGUUCUACUGUUCUCAUAGUCAGAGAGGAAGAGGCACCUGCAGCUGUAUUUCCUAAUGAUACUACUGCUAUUUGUAGAAGCUAUUUUUCUGAGUAUGAUGGAAGUCUGAAGAAAAAUGACAGGUUUAUUCCUUCUGGGCCAGACAAUGAAAUCAAAAAUCAAAGAGAAGCUAAAAGUCAUGGAUUGGAAAAUUCAUUUGGUAAAGUAAGUAGCUGCAAAGACCAUUUUGCAAAGUCAGUGCCAAAUGUUUUAGAAGGUGAAGUACAUGAAAAGGUUGGCGAUAUUUCUGAAGAAGAUAAUUUCUUACUAUGUGUUUCUAAAUAUAAAAAGAGAUAUAUACAAAAAAUAAAAACUGGCAAGACUAGGAAAAAUAGUUUCAAUGAAAUAAAAACCAGUGAAUGUGAAGAAGCUAAAAAACAAAUAAAAGAAAGUAAACAUUCAUUUUUAGCUGAAAUGGAACCAAAUGGCAAUAAUCCAUUAGAUACAAAACAAAUGAAUCAGAAGCCCUUUGGGAACAGAAGUGACAGAAUCUCUGAGGACACUGUACAGUCUCCAGCUUUCAAAUGCUCUCAGCUAACCCUCUCAGGUCUAAAUGGAACCCAGAUGGGCAAAAUACCUCUACUGCAUAUUUCUUCUUGUGACCAAAAUAAUUCUGAAAAAGACCUCAUAGGCAUAGAGAAAGAAUGUACCAACUUUAUUACUUUAGAAGAUUCUUUGCCACAUAUUUCAAGUGUACCGAAGACAGAGAAGACAUUAAAGGAGGAAACAGUGAAUAAGAGAGAUGAAGGACAGUGUCUUAAACCACAUGAAGAGGACACUCUAGUGGUAAAGAACAUAAUGUCUGAAACUUCCCUAAUAGCUUCUCCUUGUCAGGGUAUCAAAAAGUCUCUGUUCAGGUUAAGAGAAUCGCCUGUAGAGACACCCAGUUCACUUUCUUCAAAUAAUAUGACUGAUCCAAAUUUUAAAGAAGAACCUGAAGCCUCUGAAAGUGGAUUGGAAAUAGGUACCAUUUUCUCCCAGAAAGAGAGUUCUUCCUGUACAAGUUCAGUUGAUAAUGGAAGCUGGCCAGUCACUAUCAAACAUACAUCUAUAGCUUUGCAGAAUAAGGGUUUAAUAUCUACUUUGAGAAAGAAAACUAAAAAGUUUAUUUAUGCUGUAAAUGGUGAAACAUCUUAUCAAAGAUUAAAAAUGAAGAAGGAUCAAGAAUCAGGACUAAGUAACUAUUCUACCCAAUUUGAAGCAAACACUUUUGAAGCACCAUCUACAGUUACAAAUGCUGAUUCAGGUUUAUUGCAUUCUGUGAAAAAAAGCUGUUUACAGGAUGAUUCUGAAGAACCAAGUUUAUCUUUAACCAGCUCUUUUGGGACAAUUCUGAGAAAAUGUUCUAAUAAUGAAAACAGUUCUUCUAAUAAAAUAUCUCAGGAUCUUGAUUAUAAAGAAGCAAAAAUUAGUGAAGAAAAACUGCAGUCAUUUGUUACCACAGAACCUGAUUCUCUGUCAUGUUUUCAGGAAAAAUACUGUGAAGAAGAUCCAAAACACCAAAGAGUUUUAGAUAUAAAAGAACAGGACUUGCCUGCAGUAUGUCACCGUGCAGUUCCACAUUCAGAAAUAGAAUGUAGUGGUAUUCACUUUCAAUCCCAGGAAAGCAUUUUAUAUGAUUUUGAUAAUAUCAGCAUUUCAACUCCUGAUUUCAAGGAUCUUCCAUCAAACCCCAUUAUGAUUUCUAGGGGAAAGAAGUCAUACAAAAUGUCAGAGACAGUAAAAUGUAAGAAUUGUGAAGCUGGUUUUGAUUUAAUAAAAAAUAUUCCCAUUGAAGAGAAUCAAGGAAUAUGCAUUUUUAAUGAAAUUUCUAAAACUGAGCUGUUAUCACCUGAAAAAUACACAAUAGCCUCGCCUUCUAUGGAGGUACAAUUCAACCAAAACACAGAUCUCACAGUAACUGAAAAAGAAGAAAAGACUGCUUUAAUUUCAAAAAUAACUGUCAAUUCAGAUUCUGAAGAGAAUUUUCAAGACAACGAGAAGGAAAUUGUCUUUGAAAUAACUAAUAAAUGGAGUAUUCCUCUUUUAGAAAAUAUUGAGGAACUUCAAGAGGCAGGCCCCUCUUAUGUCAGAGAACCUGCUCUCAAGAACUCUACCACAGUAGUAGAUACAGGCACAGAUGACAAACAAGCAGCCCAAGUGUCAGUUAUGAAAGAUUUUGAUUCAUCAAAUAUAGUCCAUGAUCUUACAGACAAAAACAGAAAGAAUGUAGCACAGCAAAUGACUCUAGUUAAAGAUUUGAAGUUAGACAUGUCCUUGGAUGUAGAUGAGAAAUCAAACCAAAAUGAUGAUUACAUGGACAAAUUGGCAGAACUCUCAGAUCCCAUUUCAAAUCACAAUUUUGAAAAUGGCUUCAGAACAGCUUCUAAUAAAGAGAUAAAACUUUCUGAACACAACAUUAAGAAAAGUAAAGUGUUCUUCAAAGAUAUUGAAGAACAUUUUUUUACUAGCUUAGCUGGUGUUGAAAUUGUAAGUGCCUCAUUGUUAGAAAAUCAAAAGAAACUAAACAAACCUUGUGUGCUUGAUUCACAGUCAACUGAUAUUAUAUCUGGUUGUGUGCACAGUGGUACAUUUGCUUCUGAUAGUGAAAAUAGUCACGCAAUUCUUCCAACUUUAUCUUUGAAUCAAGAUUUUAAUUCACACCAUAACCUAACACCUAGCCAAAAGGCAGAAAUUACAGAACUUUCUACUAUAUUGGAAGAAUCAGGAAGUCAGUUUGAAUUUACACAGUUUAGAAAACCAAACCACAUGGUACAGAAUAAUCCACUUGAAAUGCCUGAAAACCACAUAUCUGUCUUGCAUACCACUUCUGAGGAAUGGAAAAAUGUUGAUUUUCAUCUCACAACUAAUUCCCCAUCCAUCAGUCAGGUGGAUAGCAGGAAGUUUGAAGGUAAACAAAAGUUUGCUUGCUCUUUGAAAACCAACUGUAACAAAAGUGUUUCUGGUUAUUUAACAGAUAAAAAUGAAGUGGAAUUUAGAGGCUUUUAUUCUGCUCGUGGCACAAAACUGAGUGUUUCUAGCGAAGCACUGCAAAAAGCUGUGAGACUGUUCAGUGACAUUGAGAAUACUAGUGAAGAAACUUAUGCAGCAGUAGAUCCAAGAAGUUUCUCUUCAAGUCAGUGUAGUGAUUCUGUUUCACUGUUUAAAAUAGAAAAUUAUAACAAUGGUAAGCAUUUUAAUGAAAAAAAUAAUAAAACCCAACUAAUACAACAAAAUAAUAUUGAGAUGACUGCUGGCAUUUUUGUUGAAAAUACUGAAGAUCAGAAGAAAUACACAGAAAGUGAAGAUAACAAAUAUACUGGUGCCAGUAGAAAUUCUUGUAACUUAGGAGAAUCUGAUAACAGUGAUUCAAGUAAAACUGAUACAGUUUGUGUUCAUAAAGAAGAAAAUGGCUUGCCAUGUAUUGAUGAGCACAACAUACAUCUGAAAUCAUCUGCUCAGUUUAUGAAGCGGGGAAGCAUGCAAAUCAAAGAAAGUGUGUCAGAUUUAACUUGUUUGGAAGUUGUGAAAGCAGAAGAAAUAUUUCAUGUUCAUAUGUCAAAUAAAGAACAGUUAACAGUUAGAAAGAUGGGGCAAAACAUAAAAGAUUUUGACUUUUUUGAUACAUCCUUUCAGACUGCAAGUGGGAAGAAUAUCAGAUUGUCCAAAGAUUCAUUAAAUAAAGCUGUAAAUUUCUUUGAUCAAAAAUGUGCAGAAGAAGGAUUGAAUAACUUUUCAGAUGCCUUGAAUUCUGAAUUACUUUCUGGAAUAAAUGUCAACAAAAUGGAUAUUUCAAGUUAUGAGGAAACAGACAUGGUUAAAGACAAAACAUUGAAAGAAAAUGAUUCAGUUGGUAUUGAAAAUCAAUUACUGACUCUCCAAUCAAGGCUAGAAUGUGAAACCAAAAAGAUCAAAGCACCUACUAUGUUGGGUUUUCAUACAGCUAGUGGGAAAAAGAUAAAAAUUACAAAGGAAUCUCUGGACAAAGUAAGAAGUCUUUUUGAUGAAAAAAAGCAAGAUCAAAAUAGUGAAACCAUUAAUUUUAGCCACCAAGGGGCAAAAAUACUAAAGGACAGAGAGGAUUGUAAAGAAGGGCUUGAAUUAGCAUGUGAGACCUUUGAAACAACUGCCCCAAAGUAUGAAGAAAUGCAGAAUUCUCUAAAGGAGAAAAAACUUGUUUCUAAUGAGUUUGCCAUGCUACCCAGGCUCUUAAGUGAUAAUUUACACAAACAAACUGAAAAUUUCAAAUUAUCAAAUAGUAUCACUGUGAAAAUUGGAAACAUAGAAAAAGAAAUAGCAAAAACUCCUACAACUUGCUACACAGAUCAAUCCACUUGCUCAGCCAUUGAAAAUCUGAGUGUACCAUUUUACCCAGGACAUGGUAGAAAACUUUCUGUGAGUCCAGCUUCACUACUUGAAGCAAAAAAAAUGCUUAGAGAAGGGAAAUUGGUUGAUCAACCAGAAAAAAUAAAUAGUGCUAAGGUUAUAUGUUUCAAAGACUAUCCUGAGGAUUAUGUAGAAAAUCCUUCACGUGAAAAUCACUCAAACAGUAUCAUAACUGAAAAUGACAAAAAUCAUCUCUCUGAAAAACAAGAUUCGACUUAUUUAAGUAACAGUAGCAUAUCUAACAGCUAUUCGGACCACUCUGAUUUUUGUCAUUCCGUUGAGGUGUAUAAUAAAUCAAAAUCUCUCUCAAAAAAUAAAACAGAUAAUUCUGGUAUUGAGCCAGUAGUAAAGAAUUUCAAAGACAGAAAAAACACUAGUUUUUCUGAAGUAAUAUCUACCAUAAGAGAAGCAAACACACAUCUACAAACUGUAAGUGAAGAUAUUUGUGUUCAGAAAUUUGUGACUAACUCUUCACCAUACAAAAAUAAAAACACAGCUGUGCCUACAUCUGAUUCAAAUAAUUUUGAGAAGGGGCCUCCUGCAUUCAGUACAGAAAGUGGUCAAAUGGUCUUUGUUUCACAUGGAACAAAAAUCAGAGAGAGAUUUGCAGACAGCUGCACUAAGGUCAUUAUGAAAAACACUGAGUGUGAAUCAGGCACUGACCACACAAAAACUGUGGCAGGUGAUUGUGAGUUGGGUGAUUUGGAGGAUUUCAUUUUUCCUAACUCUCCAGAUAGUGAAGAGCAUAGCAAGCAUUCAUGCAAGAUUUUCGCUGACACUAGGAGUGAACAAAUUCUGAAAUACAGCCAAGGUAUGUCUGGAUCAGAGACAAUUUCUGAAAUGUUACCUUGUCAGAUUGAUUUGAAACCUUCUGAUACAUGUAAAUUUAAUGCAGUCUCCUCUAAUGCUUGUGGGAUUUUUAGCACAGCAAGUGGGAAAUGUGUACAAAUUUCAGAUGCUGCUUUAUGGAAGACCAGACAAGUCUUAUCUAAGCCAGAAGAGAGUGCCGUGCAGCCUUUUCCCAAAGUAUCAUUUGAACCAAAUGAAGAGCAUUCAGACAAGGUCACAAGAGAAGAGACUGUGAUACAUACCCCCUCAAAUUUACUAUCAUCUGCUUUCUCUGGAUUUAGUACAGCAAGUGGAAAAUAUGUUCCAGUUUCUGAAAGUGCCUUAAACAAAGUUAAGGGAAUGUUAGAGGACUUUGAUUCACUCAGAACUGAAUGUGGUCUUUGGCAGCCACCUACAUCUGGACAAGAUGUGUCAAAACUACUUCCUCUCUCCUAUAUUGAUAAGAAAACCCCAGAACAACUUGCAAACUGCAAAGUGGAAAAAGACUGCAGUAAAUUAUCAAAUAACUGUAACAUUGGAAGUAGUUCUUCAGAAAAUACUCACCCUUUUGAAGCUUCUCUGUGUGUCUCUCACUUUAAGCAGGACGAAGAACCCUUGGUUUUAGAGAGCAAAGCAUUGCUUGUUGAGAACAGUAGUCAUCUAUUGGGAAAAGAGCAAGCUUUAUCUAAAAAUAUAAAAAUGGAAAUUGGGAAACCUGAAACUUUCUCUAAUCUUCCCAUUACAACAAAUGGAGAAAGUUAUUCUACCUAUUCCAAAAAUUCAGAAAACUGUUUUGAAACAGAAGCAGUGGAAAUUGCCAAAGCUUUUAUGGAAGAUGGGGAGCUGACAGAUUCUGAACUGCUAAGUCAUCCCAAACGCUUACUUCUCACCUGCCCAAACAAGGAAAUGGCUUUGUUAAAUUCAAGAACCGGAAAAAGAAAAGGAGGCACCUUUGCCUUGAUUGGAGAACCCCCAAUCAAAAGAAACUUGUUAAAUGAAUUUGACAGAAUAAUAGAAAAUCAAGAAAAAUCCUUAAAGGCUUCAAAAAGCACUCCAGAUGGCACAAUUAAAGAUAGAAGAUUGUUUCGGCAUCACAUUUCUGUAGAGCCAAUUACCUGUGGACCUUGUUGCACAACUAAGGAAAGGCAAGAAAUACAGACUCCAAAUUUUACUGAACCUGGUCAGGAACUUCUGUCUAAAUCUCAUUUUUAUGAACAACUGACUUUUGAAAACUCUUCAAGCAAUUUAUCAGUUUUGGGGGAGCCAUUUUGUAAGGUUUCUGCCACAAGAAAUAAGAAAAGGAGACACUCAAUGACUACAGGCAAACUGACAAGAGUCUUUGUCCCACCUUUUAAAGCUAAAUCACAUUCUCACAGAGAUGAUCAGUGUCUUAGCAGCAAUACUAAUUUGAAGGAAAACAAACAAACACCAAAAAACAUAGUUGAACCUGGCUCUGGUAGUAGUAAAAAUAAUAUUAAUGACAAUGAAAUUCAUCAGUCUAACAAAGAUAACUCCAAUCAAGUAGCACCUAUAAUCUCUGCAAAGUGUGAAGAAAAAUCUUUAGAUUUAGUUGCAAAUCUUCAGAAUGCCAGAGAUAUGCAGAAUAUGCGGAUUAAAAAGAAACAUGGACAACGUAUUUUUCCACAGCCAGGAAGUCUGUAUCUUGCAAAAACAUCCUCUAUGCCAAGAAUCUCUCUGAAAGCAGCAGUAGAAGGCCAAGUUCCUUCUGCAUGUUCCCAUAAACAGCUAUAUAUAUAUGGCAUCUCUAAACAUUGCAUAAAAAUUAACAGCAAAACUGCAGAGUCUUUUCAGUUCCACACUCAGGAUUAUUUUGGUAAAGAAGGUACAGGAGCUGGAGAGGGAGCACAGUUGGCUGAUGGUGGAUGGCUCAUACCCUCCAAUGAUGGGAAGGCUGGAAAAGAAGAAUUUUAUAGGGCUCUGUGUGACACCCCAGGUGUGGAUCCAAAGCUUAUUUCUAGAGCUUGGGUCUAUAAUCACUAUAGAUGGAUUGUAUGGAAACUGGCAGCUAUGGAAUUUGCCUUUCCUAAGCAAUUUGCUACUAGAUGCUUAAACCCAGAAAGGGUGCUUCUUCAGCUAAAAUACAGAUAUGAUGUGGAAAUUGAUAAAAGUCAAAGAUCAGCUAUUAAAAAGAUAAUGGAAAGGGAUGACACAGCUGCAAAAACCCUUGUUUUCUGUGUUUCUGAAAUACUUUUACCAAGCUCAAGUUUACCUGAAACUUCUAGCAGUAAAGCUAGUGAUGUGGAUAUCAGCAAAGCAGCCACUGUGGAACUGACAGAUGGAUGGUACGCUGUGAAGGCCCAGCUGGACCCCCCUCUCUUGGCUCUCGUACAGAAAGGUAGAUGGGCAGUCGGUCAGAAGAUCAUCACUCAUGGAGCAGAACUGGUAGGCUCUCCUGAUGCCUGUUCACCUCUUGAAGCCCCCGAAUCUCUUAGAUUAAAGAUUUCUGCUAACAGUACCCGGCCUGCUUGCUGGUAUGCCAAGCUUGGAUUCUCUCCGGACCCUAGACCUUUUCCUCUGCCUUUGUCAUCACUUUUCAGUGAUGGGGGAAAUGUUGGUUGUGUUGAUGUAGUUAUUCAAAGAGUAUACCCUAUGCAGUGGAUGGAGAAGACAUCAUCUGGAUUAUACAUAUUUCGCAAUGAAAGAGAAGAAGAAAAGGAAGCAGCAAAAUAUGUGGAGACACAACAAAGGAAACUAGAAUGCUUAUUCACUAAAAUUCAAGCAGAAUUUGAAGAGCAUGAAGAAAAUGUAACAAAACAAUGUACACCGUCAUGUGCAUUAACCAGACAGCAAGUGUGUGCUCUGCAGGAUGGUGCUGAGCUCUAUGAAGCAGUAAGGACUGCGCCAGACCCUAGUUACCUUGAGGCUUAUUUUAGUGAAGAACAGUUACGAGCCUUGAAUAAUCAUAGACAGAUGUUGAAUGACAGGAAGCAAGCACAGAUCCAGUUGGAAUUCCAGAAGGCUAUAAAGUCUGCUGAGAAAGGGGAGCAAAUGUUAUCAAGGGAUGUUACAACUGUGUGGAAGUUGCGUAUCAUAAGCCAUGAGAAAAAAGAAAAAGAUUCAGUCAUCUUAAGUAUCUGGCGACCAUCAUCAGAUUUAUAUUCUCUGCUAACAGAGGGAAAGAGAUACAGAAUCUAUCAUCUUGCAGCAUCAGGAUUUAAAAAUAAAUCUGGAAGAGCUACCGUACAGUUAACAGCAACCAAAAACACUCAGUUUCAACAAAUACCGGCUUCUGAUGAAAUACUGUUUCACGUUUAUCAGCCAAGGGAGCCCAUUCCCUUCAAACAGUUAUGGAAUCCAGGCUUCCAGCCACAUUGUUCUGAAGUGGACCUAAUAGGAUUGGUAGUUUCUGUUGUGAAAAAAAAAGGUCUUGCUCCUUUGGCCUAUUUGUCAGAUGAAUGCCAUAACUUACUGGCAAUCAAAUUUUGGAUAGAUCUUAAUGAAGAUAUCAUUAAACCUCACAUGUUAAUUGCUGCAAGCAACCUCCAGUGGCGACCAGAACCCAAAUCAGAAAUUCCUACUUUAUUUGCUGGAGAUUUUUCCACAUUUUCUUCCAGUCCAAAGGAGAACCAUUUUCAAGAGGCAUUCCACAAAAUGAAACAUACUAUUGAGAAUAUUGAUGUAUUUUGCAAUGCUUCAGAAAACAAGCUUAUGCAUAUACUUAAUGCAAAUGAUCCCAAAUGGUGCACCCCAACUAAAGAAUGUACUUCAGACCUUCAUGCUGCUUGUACAGUCCUUGGUACAGGAAAUAAGUUUCUGAUGUCUUCUCCCAAUAGUGAGAUGAACUAUCAAAGUCCUUUAUCACUUUGUAAGCCAAAAGGGAAGUCUGUUCCCACACCUGUAUCAGCCCAAAUGACUUCAAAGUCUUGUAAAGGGGAAGAGGCACUUGAUGACCCCAAAAACUGCAAAAAGAGACAAGCCUUGGAUUUCUUGAGUAGACUACCUUUACCUCCACCUGUUAGUCCCAUUUGUACAUUUGUUUCUCCAGCUGCACAGAAGGCAUUUCAGCCACCACGGAGUUGUGGCACCAAAUAUGAAACAACUAUAAAGAAAAAAGAACUGAGUUCUCCUCAGAGAACUCCACUUAAAAAAUUUAAUGACACUUCUCUUUUGGAAGUUGAUUCAAUAUCUGAUGAAGAACUUGCACUGAUAAAUACCCAGGCCCUCUUGUCUGGUUCAGCAGGAGAAAACCAGCUUGUGUCUGUGGGUGAGCCUACUAGGACUGCUCCCACCUGUUCAAGAGACUAUCUCAAACUGAAAAGGCACCAUUUUACCUCUGCGGUCAGAGAACAGGAGAAUUCCCUUGUGGGUACCGGGGGAAUGGAAGGCUCCGUGCAGGACACAAGUACAAUGCAAGAUAGAGCUAAGAGACUGCAAAGGCGUCAGAAUCAAAAAUGACAAAAAUUAGUUACUGACUCUUAACCUUUCUGGUUUGUAACACACAUGCAGUUUCAAACUGUACAUCCAUAUUUGUAAAAUGAGAAAAGAAUUGGUUCCAGUUCUACCUGAGUGCUCAUAUAUCAUAGGAAAGUUCUUUGCCUGCUUCUUUAUUUUCAGUUGUAGACCUUAAAACUGACUAUAUUUAUUAACUAAUCAAGAAAAAUGUCUCCUUUAAGUCUUUUUUUUUU